CAAUAUUUAUUUAGAAAUAUAUCAUUCAAAUGUAAAAUAUUUAUAGAAACAGGAGUUGUGUUGAUGUACAAUUGUUUUUCCAUAACAACCAGUUUUAUUCUUCGAAACGGAAAUUUCAAAGCACUAUUAGGAUGUUAAAUUAAGACUAAGGCUCAUCGCACUUCUACACCAAUUAAGGUAUAAUGCCCAAUACAGCAAUGAAUUUAACACAGCAAAAUACUUGAUGAGAAAAGGGAUACGUACAUGAACUAGAAAUAAAGAUAUGGAUAUUGACAUCAGGGAUGCUGAAAUGUUUUGGAGAAACCAAGCUAGAAUUGAGGCUUCAAAGAACUUUGAGCUUCGGUAUCAGCAAGGACAUGGGCCUUACAAUGUUUUUAUAUUGGAUACUUCUAAAAGUAUUGGCGAAGAGGGCUUCAGUCAAAUAAAGGAUAUAUUUUCUACAAUCAUUUCCGAGUUUGCCAACCAUCCACAGGAAGAUGAGAACAUCGCUGUUAUUGUUUGUGGAAAAAUCACGAAAUUUCAACAUUAUUAUUCAAAUCGUUACUCUGAGAUUAAAGGCUGUUUAGAUGCAUUAGAAUAUGGAGGACUCUCUCCACUUACAGGGGCGUUUUUAUUAAGUAUGGGAGCCAUUGAAGUUGGAAGAGGCUUUUCAAACGGGAUAUGUGAUAUCAAAAUUCGAGCACGAAUAAUCCUGAUAUCUGAUGGUAGACCAACAGACUUCAAUACAUUUUCUGAUGAUGAGGAUUCGCCCUUGAAAGAAACCAUACAGGCAAAGGAUCAUCUUCAGUAUGUGGUGAAACAUCUAGGGAGGGAGCAUCCAAUAUUCUGCAUACCUGUAGGGGAAAAUCCAGAUGUGGCAUAUCUGAAAUAUUUAAGUUCAAAAGGAGGAAGGAUCAUUCAUCCACAUGAAGUUAAACAGAUUGCAAGAUUCACUCAAAAUCUGAAAGUCUCGGCAAUUUUAUCAGCCGAACAAAACUUAGACGGGAUUAACAGACAAACCCUCAACUCAUUAUUACAAUGUAGUUUUCCCGAGACGAUAUUUUCAGAAGAGGACAAGGACGAUAUAUUGGAUAUCUAUACCACAAGAUCAUUUUAUACCGACGAUCCCUCUGAUUCAAACGACGAGGAUGAGGCAAAUAUUAAACUUGUUGAGAGAGACCCUUGCCUACCAAACAUAGGGACAAGAGUUAAACGAGGAUCGGACUGGCAUAGGUCAGAUCAGGAAAAUCAUGGCCCUGGUACAGUUAUUGGACAUUCAAAGAAUGCUGGAUGGUUAAUUGUUGAAUGGGACUCCGGGGGUAGAAAUGAAUACAGAUAUGGUGCAACCUUGAUGGAUAGGAUUAAAUAUGAAGUCACUACUUGUUGUGAACCAAGAAUUCUUCAUAACACAAUAAUAGCAGUCGGAUGUGUCGUGACAAGGGGUCCUGACUGGGAACUGGGAGAUCAAGAUGGUGGAGAGGGAAGUCUUGGUUCUGUUUUUCGGAUCAAGCGGAAUGGAAUAGUUUUUGUAAAAUGGUCAAACAUGUGCUCAAUAAGUCAUAGAUAUGGUUUUGACGGGAAAUUUGACAUCUUAAUAUGUGAUCCCUACUCACCAGAGGUGAUCAGCUUCUUAGAGGCCAAAUGUGACAAUAAAAGAGCCUUAAACAGAACACCGCCCGAACACCAUCGACGUGAGCUUUCAAAAGCUACUGGUGAGGUCGGUAUUGGAGGGAAAGCAGGGCUGGGAUAUCCGUGUCUGAAAUUACCAAAAGGACAGUAUUUCAAAAAUGACAAAGUUUCUGAGGAUUCCUCUUCCGACAUUAAAGCUGAUGGGUAUGAGGAAUCUGAGACAUACACAGUGGACAAGCAAUGGUUCUGGCGGGAUUAUGACGGGAAGUGGACGUCAUAUCCGCGAAAAAUAAAUGACAGAAUCAACAAGUGUUACAACAGAAAUCCGCACUCUACAGUGGUGGUUGUGUUAAACAAACAUAAUUACAGAGUUGUCAUGUCAAAGAAUAUACAAAUAAACCUAGAAACAAGGGAAACACACGAGGUGAAACUGGUGGAAAAUGUGUGAUUUAUUCGGAUCAAACUAGUAGACUUUCGUCUUAUUUAUUAACCUGUACAUGGAUGUAAUUAUUACGAAACUGUAAUAAAUAUUUGAAUCAAAUAUUGUGUUUGUUAUUUUGAUUUAUAAACUUAUUUACUCGUCAAUGUGCUCAUAAAGGUACAAAAAUUUAUCGGGAAGAGAAUGACGUUUCAGGUGAGUAUUUUGUCCCAUGGGCCUCUGGUUUAAAAUAUAUAUCUGAAAAGAUAAAUUUCCGCCUCAUCUAUCUGAAAUUAACUAAAUCAGGAAACUUGCAUUCAGGAAGACAGAUCGUGCAAGAA